AUGAUCUACGACGUACCAAAGCUUGUAGCACCCUUACACAGCGAAACCAUCGGUGUUGAGUAUCGUCCUUUACACCCUGCCGAGGAAACCGCGGUAAACUUGGACAUCAACUGCGAGGAGCUCGGACUGUUUCCCUAUGAGCUGCGAUUGCGAGCGAUACCAGCACCCGCGGAGAAAACGACUCACGUCGUCGCGGUACUCGGCGGUUCCACCACCUUCUCUCUGACUAUAAGCAAUCACGCCCGAAAGACUGCGGUGUUCGCCAUCAAGGUGAAUAACGAAUGCUUCACGACUCCGAAGAACGUCGAGGUGCCAGCUUUGAAGAAUGCUGCAUUCGAUGUAACUUACGAGCCCUGCGACGUCGACAACAUCUCCGCUACUUUGACAGCCACAUCCGAGAUUGCCGGCGAAUUUGUAUUUCCUCUUGUCGGCACGUAUUCCUUACCGAAACCUCAAGGACCGUAUACAGUUACCGCUGACGUGCCGGCUUCUAUACCAUUCAAAAAUAUAUUUAAAGAAACCAAAUCUUUCGAGCUUAUCUUGGACAAUCCCGAAGUUUUCGCAACGACGACGUCGUUGGACAAAAUUAAAGCCAAACAGGUGGUCCCUAUCAUCGUUCGCUUAAAAGAUACGUCAAACAGUAAGAUAGAACUGGAAAACGACGGUUAUCCAGUAACUGGAAAACUUCUGAUAUGCAGCACAGAUCCUAAGAUUUCCCAUAUCAAUUGGAUUUAUUAUUUAAGAGGUGUACGCCAAUAA